GGAGCGGGACACGCAUGCGCCGGCCCGGACCCGGCACCCAGUAACGGACUCCAGCUCCCCCCACCGGAAGUGGGCAGUCGCGCGCCGGGAAGAGCAGGCCGAAGCGUGGCGGCCACAGACUGUGGGUGCCGGGUCCGAGGGACUCGCGCUUUUGUCUCCGUGCCAUGGCGCCAGCGAAGGCCACGAACGUGGUGCAGCUGCUCCUGGGCUCUACCGCGCUGUGGCUUUCGCAGCUCGGUGCCGGGACGGUCGCCGCGUCCAAGUCGGUGACGGCCCACUUGGCCGCGAAGUGGCCGGAGACCCCGCUGCUGCUGGAGGCAAGUGAAUUUAUGGCAGAAGAAAGUAAUGAAAAAUUUUGGCAGUUUUUGGAAACUGUGCAAGAAUUAGCAAUUUAUAAGCAAACAGAAUCAGAUUAUUCUUACUACAACUUAAUCCUGAAGAAAGCUGGACAGUUUCUAGACAAUUUACACAUCAACCUCUUAAAGUUUGCUUUCUCUAUAAGGGCAUACUCCCCAGCUAUUCAGAUGUUUCAGCAGAUUGCAGCUGAUGAGCCACCACCAGAUGGUUGUAAUGCAUUUGUGGUUAUCCAUAAGAAGCACACCUGUAAAAUUAAUGAGAUUAAAAAGCUGCUGAAGAAAGCUGCUUCAAGGACUAGACCUUAUCUAUUUAAAGGAGAUCAUAAAUUUCCCACAAACAAAGAGAACUUACCAGUGGUGAUUCUCUAUGCCGAAAUGGGUACUAGAACAUUUAGUGCAUUUCACAAAGUAUUGUCUGCAAAAGCUCAAAAUGAGGAAAUUCUGUAUGUUCUUCGCCAUUAUAUUCAGAAACCAAGCUCACGGAAAAUGUACUUAUCUGGGUAUGGUGUGGAGCUAGCAAUUAAGAGUACAGAAUACACAGCAUUGGAUGAUACCCAAGUUACAACUGUGACUAAUACUACUGUAGAGGAUGAGACUGAAGCAAAUGAAGUUCAAGGAUUUCUCUUUGGGAAACUAAAAGAAAUAUAUUCAGAUCUUAGAGAUAAUCUGACAGCAUUCCAAAAAUACUUGAUUGAGAGUAACAAGCAAAUGAUGCCUUUGAAAGUCUGGGAACUACAAGAUCUUAGUUUUCAAGCAGCUUCUCAAAUAAUGUCCACUCCAGUUUAUGAUGCCAUUAAAUUAAUGAAAGACAUUUCACAGAACUUCCCCAUAAAAGCCAGAUCUCUAACCAGAAUUGCUGUAAAUCAACAUAUGAGAGAAGAAAUACAGGAAAAUCAAAAGGAUCUUCGAGAUAGAUUUAAAAUUCAGCCAGGUGAUGCUCGUCUGUUUAUAAAUGGCCUUCAUGUUGAUAUGGAUGUUUAUGACCCUUUUAGUAUUUUGGAUAUGCUGAAAUUAGAAGGAAAAAUAAUGAAUGGCCUUCGCAAUCUUGGGAUCAAUGGGGAAGAUAUGAGCAAAUUUUUAAAAUUAAAUUCACACAUUUGGGAAUAUACUUAUGUAUUAGAUAUUCGACAUUCUUCUAUAAUG